CCGGGUGCUUUUGCCAGCUUCCCCGCUCUGAGAACCAUACGCGUGAGACACACUACGCCUGCCCUAAGUUUUGACCGGAUCCACGCUCUUCUUCCCCUCCUCAACUCGCGCCAUUGCUCUUGUGCUCAUCGCUGCUGUGACUCAAACCAACUCCAGUCAGAUCUGCAAGAGUACCUUUAAGCACGCUUGGAGUAAUCCCGAGCUCCGUCCUUGUCUACUUCAGCUCGACACCACCCUCUUACAUCAACCCUCUUACAUCAACCCUCUUACAUCAACCCUCUUACAUCAACCCUCUUACAUCAACCCUCUUACAUCAACCCUCUUACAUCAACCCUCUCACAUUGUACACUUGCACUUACCAUAUACUCCACCAGCUAGCUGCACACCAACAAUGACUCGCUCCCACAAGUACACUGACCGUGACCACGCCGGCAUUGCCGAUGGCACUGCCGAGCGUGAAGCACGUCUUCCCAAGUACUUUGCCAAAUCCGGCCAUGCCGACACUGACCCAACCAAGACGAAGAAGGGCGGCAGCGGCAAGGGCAAUUGGGGUGCCAUGGGCGACGAAGUCGAAGACAUUAGGCCCAACAUGGCCAAUGCUCGCCGUCGAAGUAACUCAUCGACCCAUAACUUGAAGGACUUCAAGACCAAGUUCGAAACCAUCGAGACUGAGCCCGUCUUCGAAGAAUCAAUCCACGGCCCAAUGGGUGAGGAGCUCGAGAAGCAGAGCACUACUUCUACCGAGAACAGCAUUGCUGAGGAGGACCACGGCAAGAAGUUCUAGUUGCAGUCAAACGACGCAAGCGGUAUCGGUAUGGCUGCGACUUGACUGGCUAGUUGAUUCGUGGGAAGCCAUUACCUGGUGACUGCCGUCGGGUCUUUGACACCAUCUGUACAGUGUGGAGCAUGUCGUUUUAUUUAUCAUGUCGACAGCUGCGAUGUAAAGCCUUCACUUCAUGUACCUGACGUAAAUUGUAAUAAGUAACUUUAUGAGAAAUGAGAAACGAAUCUUCAAAACC